AUGAAAAAAAUAGUGAGUGAUAAUUUUAAGGAUUGGCAUAAGAAACCGUAUGAAGUUCUUUGGGCCAAUCGUACAUCACCAAAGAGGGCAAUUGGGAUGUCUCCAUUUGAACUGGUCUAUGGUGUUGGUGCUCAAGUAGCACUUCCUUUAGAGCUGGUGGCCACCAAACUACAAACAAUUAUUGAAGAUGCUUACUUCGAGAGUUCUUUAGAAAAGCGAGUCAUGCACUUGACAAGGAUUGAUGAAGAAAGGGAUAAACUGGUGGAUCGGAUAACAAAACAUCAAAUGAGGUUAAAAAGAAUAUUCGACAAGCGAGCAAGGCCUUGA